AAUAACAAAAAUGUGUCUGCAGUCGGCUAGUCGGCUUCUAGUCUUUUCCAGACCACGUGUGUCCAAGUUAUUUCUUGGCCGUUUUGGAGCUGUGCACGAGUUUCUUCGAGUUGCCUUUCCAGGAGACUUUCUCCUCCUUUACAAUUUUACCAAACGAGGCUACCACGAUGAAAUCUUCUCUUUCUGAAAGAGGAUUUGCUUGCGACUUUUAUCGUCGCCCACCCAAAACUACCGAGACGUUCAACAGGAUCGAUUACACUUGACAGGUUGCUUGCAUCAUAGACAAACGUUUCUAUACCUGAUCGGAUUCCGGAGACCAGCAUGAAGCCCAGAGGAGUUUCUCAAGGAGUUACCAUCUGGUUCGUCUGGGCGAUUGUCUUUGCUCUCAACGGCGAUGAAGUCAGGACUCAACAGAUCCCUCGGCCCCCUUUCGAUGCCAACGAGCAACCUCUGUCUGACACUCAGAGAUCCUCAGUGUCUCUGGGCGAAUUGGAAGUGAUAGAAGGUGGUUCAGCUAUCCUGCCAUGUGAUAUGAGUCUGCCGUCAUUGGACGAUGCCAUUUACCUUGUUGUUUGGUUCCUCGAACCCAACAAGAAGCCGAUCUACACGUUCGAUGCUCGCGGAAAGCCACUUUCGAUGGGCCGGCGUUGGUCCGAAGUUGUUUCAUUUGGACUGCGCGCCGAUUUUCGAUUCUCUCUUCACGGGCAGAUCCCCAGCAAAGGUCACUUGAUUAUCAACGGGACAACCUUGGCCGACGAGGGCAUCUACCGCUGCCGUGUGGAUUUCAAGAACUCACCCGCCCGCCAUUUCCGAGUUCAACUGAAUGUCACAGUGUCGCCGUCGGAACCGAGAAUCACGGACGAAACGGGCCGCGAAAUCCGCUCAGCCAAACUGGGGCCGUUGAAGAAAAAACAAUGGGCCGUGCUGCAGUGUCACGUGACGGGCGGCAAACCUUCGCCGGAGGUCGAGUGGUACACCAACGGCCAACGCUUCGCCUCGACGACCAGCCUCCUGGAAAUGCACAACGAUCUCCAACUCGGAAAUGGCAUAUUAAACGACCAACAUCCGGACGCCAACGCAUUGCUGCAACAACAGCGAAUCAUUGUUCGCGAGAUCAGGGUCGGCCCGCUUAAUAGAUCCCACCAGGACGCCCAGUUCACCUGCAGAGCGUCAAACAGCCGUGCCAGCGCACCCAAGACUAAAACUGUCACCCUGGACAUUCAACUACCGCCAUUGAAAGUGGAUAUCUCCAAGGUGGAAACCCGAUUCGUAGCCGGUGAGAGUAGCGAGAUCCGUUGCCAGACGUUCGGCUCCCGUCCAGCUGCAUCCAUUAGCUGGUGGAAAGACAAUGUUCGUCUUUCGGAUUCUUCUUACAAGGUAUUUGAUGACGAAAAGGGCAACUUGACGACGAGCGUUUUCCGAGCCAACUUCACCAAAGAGGACAACGGCCGGACGCUAACCUGUCGGGCUUCCAAUCGCCUGUUGGAAGCCAGCGCUAUUGAAGACUUCCUCCGCCUGGAUGUUCAAUUUGCUCCGAUGGCAACGCUGCGCCUCGGCCCAACCUUCAAAGCCGACUCAAUCAAAGAGGGUGACGAUGUCUACUUCGAGUGCUCCAUUCAGGCCAACCCGGACGUGACUCGUCUGGUGUGGAAACAUGAGGAUCGGACUCUUGUGUACAAUGCCAGCGCCAAGAUCAUCAUGUCCAACCAGAGUCUGGUUCUACGAGGAUUGACUCGCCAAAGGAGCGGCCAUUACAAGUGCGUCGGAGUCAACGCUCGUGGCGAAGGGUCCAGCAACCUGGUGCCGCUGACGGUCCGCUACACUCCCGUCUGCCGCUACCCGUCGAGGAACAUUCGCGGAGCCGAGCGGGGCGAUUUCCUGAACCUGUCGUGCUCCGUCGAUGCCCUGCCGCUUCCCACCAAAUACAGAUGGGCAUUGAACACGACGCGGGGCUGGCGGGACAUAAUUGCCGGAUCGCCUGGAUCGUCGACGGCGAUGAGUAGCAGCAGCAGCAGCAGCCCGUUGGUAACUUUGUCAUCAUCGACCAACGAAGAGACCCUUCGUUUCCGUCCCGAAUUAGAAGCGGAUUUCGGGACGUUGGCGUGUUGGGCCUACAGCGAUCUCGGCUGGCAACAGGAUCCGUGCCUGUUUCGCUUCUACCCUGCAGGUCCGCCCGAGAGUUUGUCAAAUUGCAGUGUACUCAACCAAACGGCCGACAGCAUCCAAGUUUCAUGCAGUUCCAAUGACGACGGUGGCUUGAAGCAAACCUUUCAACUACAGGCGAUGGACGUCAUGACGGGCCAGCCGCAACUGACGUUACAAUCGGAUUCCGUUGCCGAAUUUUGGCUGACGGAUUUGGAACCUGGCUCAACUUUUAUGCUCUACCUGUACGCCGUCAACGUGAAGGGACUGAGUCAGCCUGUCGUUUUGCCGGUUUCGACGCUCAAGGAAGCGGCCAAGCGGACGGUUCCACCUUCUACGGACCCCUUUUCCGGUAGGGUUGCCGGAGCUGUGGCGAUGGGCACGGGGGCCGGGCUCCUGCUCUUGUCGACAAUCGUCGUAGCCGCCUGCAUUCGUUGCCGGAAGAGACGGAACGACUCAGCCAUGACAAUGACGUCCUUGACGGCACUCGCCGAGCAGGAUCAGUACCACCAGCAGCCAGAUCAGGGCCACCACAGCAACGGGAUCAAUCAUCAGUCAACCAGCAAGAGCAGUAGGCUGGCUCACACGAACGGCGAGUUGGUUAACGAGACGUCCGCCGAAUGCUUCAACUCUCAGAAUGAUGACAGAAGCGCCGGUUUCUAUCCGCGAUCGACGAGAGUGCCAGCGCCUCCCUACGUCGCCGGCAGCAACAAAAACAAUUGUUUAAAAUUACCUCCCGACUACGUCGCCGAAAUGUCGGAGGUACCUGAAAGUUGCGUCUGAUAUGCUUCCCCUCCCCCAAUAGUUUCCUGGUUUUUCAUCACCUAUAAAUAAUAUCCGUCUCCAUUUUUUCGACAUGUCAAAAUCCACCUUCGGAAAAUGUCUUCGUGUUGUGUUCACGCUGAACGGCCGCGCAAUCGUGCAUUUGGAUGCUAUGAAGUGUUGCAAACCCAGUUAUAUACAUAGCCCCCCCCCCCCCCCCCAUAAAGAGAUUGAUCCCAAAUUAUUGAAUAGGAUUUUUACCAAAUUUUAAAAUCAUCGUUCACAGCUCUUGGUGGUCGUUUACCGUUUCUCUGUCUCCAUAUAAUCUCACGUGCACACGAUCAUGUACCUUUCUGUAACGUUCAAAUUAUUGUGACAUCCGUGAUUGUUGGGACAUAUUUAUUUUUAAUACCCACGCGUUCGAAAUAUCCCCCCAAUGCGAUAGCUCUGUAUUUGUUACGUGAGCGACCUGUGCUGUGUGAUGCAGACUACUUAAUUAACUAAGAAAAUUCCGACGAUUUUUGAAUUUUUUCCCUUUUUUUUGGCAAAUUUCUCGCGUUCAUAGGUUCGUUCGUGUUCUCAUUUUCCUCGACAUUUUUCCUCCGCACACAAGACAAGGUUAUUUAUAACAGAGAGACGUCUAAUCUAUUCUAUAUAUAUAUUAUAAAAAAUACGACAUUAUAUUUGUUUUGUGCUCAUGAUCGUGCAAGUUGAAUGGAGCGGGAGUGGGUGUGGUGUCUUGCUCUCACUCUUCCGUCGGGCACUAAAUUUCCACUCCUGUUGAACAGAGGCAUGGGUGACGUGAAACUGUCAAAGACGCUAAUGUCUUAAUAUUGAAUUCGAUUGAAUACAGUCAAUAUGCUGUCCACCCUGAAAAUAACUUCACUAACCCAGUCGGAAAUGAUUUUCUCUUGUGAUUGACUCUCCCAUCGAAAAAGUGUGUUCAUCCAUCACUUUUAUUCGGAGCGGUUAUGCCCCCCCCCCCCCCCCCCGCAUUGGGCGUGGAAGUUGGCAGAGCAACGGUUUCGUUCCAUUUCAGGCCGACAGCUCGUCCGUUUCCCGUCAUUACACGUAAUAAUCUUAA